AUGGACAACGCCAACCUCGUUCGCGGCUUACGCCGCCUCCGCGACGUCGCCGGAUCCGUCGCCGUGGGUACCGUCGGCGGUUCCGUCGCCGCGGUGUCCAUGAUCACUCCCAGCGCGAGCGGCGCCAUCGACACGAUCGUGAUCAAACAACCCGACGGUGCAUUACGGGCGAGUCCGUUCUACGUCCGGUUCGGUAACGCGCAGAGCUUCUUACGAGGACGCGACGCGAAGGUCGUCACGGUGACGGUGAACGGGACGCUUCGGGACCUGACGAUGCGUCUCGGUUCGAACGGUGAGGCGUACUUCGCGGACGGAACGGAUGAUUUCGACGAGGAGGAAGAAGAGACGGAGAUCGAGAGUGGAUUCGCGAGGGAGAUGGACGCGAACGACGUGGGAGCGGCGGAGGCGCUGAGCGUAUUACGUCUGGAUGAGACGCCGACCAAACGAGCGGCGGCGACGGCGACGACGAGUCAGCGUGAUGCUGGAGAGCAUGAUGUGGGGAAGCGGGCGACGGAUGAUGAGAUGACAAGAGCGAUGGGGGCGAUUCAGAGCGUCGGGAUGACCGUCUUACCGUCGGUCGAGCUUAGUCUGUGCGGCGGGAAGGUCGAGGAUUUCGACAAGCACAUAGUGACGCUUGAAAAGUUUAAGGGCGACCCGGCGUUGAUUCGACACUCGGGACUGGUGGUGCGGCCGAAACGCGCGGCGAGGGAUGCACCGGCGAAGGCGUUGCCGUGGAGCGCAGCUGCACCGCACGUGUUGUCACACCUGGCAUUCGGGACGCCUUUGCCUUCGAAUUGGACAAUGCCGACAACUUCGACGAGCGCACCAAUGACGCCGAAUCAGGGCGGGUUGAUGCCUGUGUACUCGGAGCUGUCGCCCCGGCGCGGUUCGCAUCGCGUGCGACGGGUUCAGUUGACGCAAGAAGAGGUAAUGUCGCUGGAUUUGAAGCCUGGAAUGAACACGAUUUCAUUCGCUUUCAACUCGCGCGUGUGGGGCCUCCAGGAAGUGUCAGCGUUCGUCUACCUGUGGGACUGGAACACCAAGCUCAUCGUGAGCGACGUCGAUGGAACCGUCACGAGGAGCGAUGUCCUCGGUCAGCUCGCGCCGAUGGUGGGCAAGGAUUGGAGCCACGCGGGCGUGGCGAGUCUGUACAACGACAUCACCGAUAAUGGGUACAAGUUGAUGUUUUUAACGUCACGCGCGAUUUCCCACGCCUCGGGCACGCGUAAGUAUCUUUCUUCCCUGAGACAGGGCGAUAAGAUCUUGGCGCAAGGUCCCGUGAUGUGUGCUCCGGAUCCUCUCUCGAAGGCUUUAUUCAGAGAGGUGGUGACGAGAAAUCCACAGCGAUUUAAGAUUCGCUGUCUGCAAGACAUUCGCAACCUGUUCCCGCCCGGUUGGAAUCCGUUCCACGCUGGAUUCGGGAACCGGGACACAGAUGUCGAGUCGUACCUCGCCGCGGGCAUUCCAGAGGAUCGCGUCUUCACCAUUAAUCCGAAAGGGGAGGUGGUGCGCGAGACGACCAAGCGAGUGAAGCAGUACACGGUAUCGGAGGUGAACGAACUCGUUCACGAUCUGUUCCCGCCCGUUAAUACCGUGAACAGCGACGAGUCAGCUGCAAUGAUGAGUGAUUCGUCGUCGUCCACGUGGAAGAAUCCGGUCGGUGUCAACUUCGGCGCGCCGAUAUGA